GCGUCACUGUCAGAUAUAUUGGUCACGGCUCGGGCUCAUCUUGUUACGAUCCAACCCCUGCUGCCCUGCUCACCAUUAUCAAUGGAUGGAGCCCUUUUAGUCCUUUGAAAUUCUAGGUGAAUUGCUCGACGAAAUUGUCUUAGACGUUGUGUCUGAGGCGCAUAGAGAUGUCAAGAACAUGCGAUCGACCUGUCCAGUUUGUAAAACUAAGUGCCGAAACUACGUGGUUCGAGCCGGUCUCGACAUUUUUGGACAGAAUCCUCAAUCCAACAACUCCCAAACCUACGACUGUGUUCACUGCCAGCGAUCGUUCCCGGCCCAGCGAUAUGCACCGCAUCUGGAAAAAUGUUUAGGACUCUCUGGCAGAGCGUCAAGUCGUGCUGCGAGUCGAAGGAUAGGAGCUGCUGAGAGGGCUGGAUCGGGAUCUCCCUUCACACCAGUGAGUUAUUCAGAUGACCGCGAGGCCAGUGAUUCGGAUAAAGACCUCAUGGAAAAGAAACGCAAGAAAAACGCUUCAGCAAGUAAUGGCCACUCGUCCAACGGAAAUGGCUUGAAUGGAUCAAAUGGAGGCGAUUACGGGACUCCUGGCUCUGCUAAGUCAUCCUCUUCUGGUUCCAUGAAGGUCAAAAAGCAGAAACAAACGGAUUUAUCCGACUACCCUGCAAAGACACAAAAGGUACGGGCGUUAUCUGACUGGUGAAGCGACUAAGCUUACCACACCAUUCCUCACAUGGCGGCGGGGGACUAACAGUUUUUGUCACGCAUACCAACACUUGAUUGUCCGGCAUCAAGUCUUCUUUGCUGGCAAAAGGUAAAGAAGAAAAAACGAUGGAUUUCAGAGAAGGAACUCCAUGUUUAUGCAAUAUACG